AUGGUUAAAAGAGUUGUAGAACGUGCUUGGAAGCUUAAAGGUAAUUUUAUGCUCACUAUUCAUGGUGAAUCUGCGUUUAUUUUUUAUUUUGUGGAUGAUGAGGAUAGAUCUACUGCUCUUGAGCAUGGAUAUUUAUAUAUUUCAAACCAAUUGUUCCUAGUGCAACCUUGGCAUCCAGAUAUUGAAAGUGAAAUUGCUGAAUUGAAAUCGGUUCCGAUUUGGAUAAAUCUUAGAAAAGUUCCUUUGCAUUUCUGGGAUUCAGAUGGAUUGAGUAGUAUUGCUAGUUAUUUGGGAAGGCCUGUUAGGAUGGAUAAUCAAACUUUGAAUAGAUCUAGAAUAAGUUAUGCUCGUGUUUGUGUUGAAGUUGAUGUUAUGUUUGAUUACCAAGCCUCUAUUCCGGUAGUGGUUGAUGAUAGUAAGAGAUUUAAUGUGUAUGUUGAGUAUUCAUGGAAACCCCCUAAGUGUAUGCAUUGUCAUGUGUUUGGUCAUAAUCGUAAUGGUUGUUCUAAGCUCAAAAUGGAGAAGGCUGCAGCUGUUAUAGCUGCAAUAGAUAAGAAGAAGCAACAAGUUAAGGAAGUAUACCCCAAUAUAGAGGAUGAGGUGGAGGUUACUGAUAUUACUGAUUCAUAUUCUAUUUCUAAUAUGAAUGAUGAUGAGAAUCAUGUCCCAAUUGAGAAUUUAGAGAAGAAUGUUUCUUUACAAACUAGUAAUAUGUUUGAGGGAUUGCAGAUAAGAUCUACUGACCCUAAAAAAGUCAGUAGAGUGAAGAAACCCCAUAUUCCUUCUCUUAAAGAUGUUUAA